AGAGAGAGAGAGAGAGGAGAGCGACGAGAGAGAGCAGAGAAGAGAGAGAGAAGAGAGAGAGAGCGUGAGAGAGAGAGUGAGAGAGAGAUUGGAGAGAAGAGAGAGAGA